AUGCCGAAGGUUUCAGUGAAAGUUAAAUGGGGUAAGGAAUUAUACCCAGAUGUAGAAGUAAAUACAGAUGACGAACCGGUCCUGUUUAAGGCACAAAUAUUUGCUUUAACUGGUGUUCAACCAGAAAGACAAAAAGUAGUGUGCAAGGGUGUCACAUUAAAAGAUGAGAGUUGGGCAAAUUUUAAAUUGACAAAUAAUGCACUUGUACUUGUUAUGGGCAGUAAAGAGGAAGAUGUGCCAGCAGCUCCAGUUGAACAAACCCGUUUUGUUGAGGAUAUGAAUGAGUCGGAGCUAGCUACUGCUCUCGACCUGCCAGAAGGUUUAAUUAACUUGGGAAAUACCUGUUACAUGAAUGCUACAGUACAAUGUCUUAAAACUGUCCCUGAAUUGAGAAAUGCUCUUCUUGACUAUGAUCAGUCAUCUGGUGGUGGAACAGCGGGUGGACUUACAUCAGCACUUAGUGAAACAAUGCGAGCACUAGAAAGUGGUGGUGCUGGUGCCUGUGCAGCAGCUGCGGCUCGAUUACUCCACGCAUUGCACGCUGCCGCUCCCCGCUUGGCAGAGAGAGGAGCAGGAGGACAGUUAGCACAGCAAGAUGCUUCCGAAUGCUGGACAGAGAUAGUCCGUGCAUUGAGAAUGAGGCUACCUAUAGCACCCGAGCCUGAUAGUAAAUCUCUUGUAGAACAAUACUUUGGUGGCACACUAGAUGUGGAGUUAGUAUGCAGUGAAGCAGAUGAGCCUCCAACUCGCUCCAAAGAGACCUUCCUACAACUGUCUUGCUUUAUUUCACAGGAUGUCAAAUAUUUACAAUCUGGUCUCAGAUCUAAAAUGGCAGAGCAAAUCACUAAGAUGUCAGAGACUUUAGGGAGGGAUGCUGUUUACACAAAAACUAGCAAAAUAAGUCGCUUACCGGCAUAUUUGACUGUGCAAUUUGUGCGCUUCUACUAUAAAGAAAAGGAAUCUAUAAAUGCGAAAAUUUUGAAAGACGUCAAAUUCCCGUUAGAUUUGGAUGUGUACGAGCUGUGCACACCCGAACUGCAAGAACGUCUUACACCCAUGAGGAAUAAAUUUAAGGAAUUGGAAGAUGCGUCUGUGGAAUCGUCAUUGAACUUGAAAAACAAGAAUCACGGCGACAGCAAAAAGGAUAAUAAAAGAAAAACAAUUGUUCCAUAUUGGUUUGAAAAUGACGUGGGCAGCAACAACAGCGGGCUCUACCGGCUGCAGGCGGUGCUGACGCACCGCGGGCGCUCGUCGUCGUCGGGGCACUACGUGGCGUGGGUGGCGCGCGCCGGCGGCUGGCUGCGCUGCGACGACGACGCCGUCACGCCCGUGCCCGAGGAGGAGGUGCUCAAGCUCAGCGGCGGGGGUGACUGGCAUUGCGCGUACCUGCUGCUCUACGGACCUAAAAUACUAGAGAUCCCUGAAGAAGACGAGCCCAUGGUCACCGAAGUGUCCGAAGAGCCGGCCGGCGACCCGCCCACCGCCCUCGCG